AUGCGACGCGCUUCUGCCGAUCCUUGGUCGCGCCCAACAGGCUUUGAGCGCCCUGAAUUGGCGGACGAUCCAAUUGAAGAUUUCACUGAUAGUGCUGCGGAUACAUAUGCGGUCUCAGCUGAGCGUGCAAGCCGCCGUGCUAGGCUUGCCUCCAGGAGUCGCUCGGAUUCUCGCCGCAGGCCCAGGGUUUCGCAGAGGCUUCAUACUGUCCCUGCUCAGCUUGGGCAUCUUACUGUGCGGCCCCGCGUGAGCUUCUUACCUGCAGUGCCUCUCACCCAACCUCACCUUUUGCCAGGGGAACAUGUUCAGUACUUGCAGAAUCUUUUGCAACGGCAACAGAGUCAGCUUAGCGAUUUUGCAUUGGAAGUUGCUGCGUUGCGCCGCGUUGCAGCGGAGCAACAGAUGCUGGCAAGCCACAGGAUUGACGAGGUCGAGCGGCGCUUGCGUCGUGUUGACGCACUCCUGCAGCACAUCAUGCAAUAUCUGCAGGAUCAAGCUGCAUUAAGAGUCUUUCAACUCGGUGUGAUGGCUGGGGGUGGUGACUUUGAUCAAGGUGCCAGGGACAGGCUUCGCCGCAUGUCUGUCGAGGCCCUGACGACGGCGCCGAGUAUCGCUGCCCUUACUUUGCCUUGGGAGACAGGACCGCUGGCGGCCAUUUUUGGGAAACCGGAAGUGCUGCCUAGGCCCGCGUUAGACAUCGAAGAUGUCAUUGACACUGCAUCUGUCCGGCCUUUGGGGCCUGAACCGUCGGAAACUGUCCCAGGUGAUAAGAAAGCUUUCACUGCAGCAUGGAACAAGGAUACAUUCAGACGUGAUCGCCUCCCUGAGCGAGAUCGGUUCAAUCUCGUGUACCAGGAGUGGCUUCAAGUGAUCCUUCCAUGGGCUGGCGAUAGAACUGUGCUCGGCCUCAUGGUGUCUGCUGCAGCCGACCAAACUGAGAAGCUUGCAGUUGUCACGCAAACCCUUGCCGGCAAGGCCUUGUCGACACUGGAGAAGCGGCUGAGGCAAGUGAAAGCAUUCCUGGCAUGGGCCCUACUUGCGAGUGUUACGCCAUUUCCUAUGACUGAGCAUGCAUGCCGAAUGUAUUUGAAGAAGCUGGUGGAAGAGAAGGCACCUGCCUCUCGCAUCAAAGGCGUGCUGGAGAUGGUGGGGUUCCUCAGACAUGUUGUUGGCCUACCCGUUGCUGAGAAUGCAGGCGAUUCACCUUGGAUUCGCGGGGUGCUACGGAUGGCCGCGGCGAAUGCCAAGCCCACUGCCAAGGCUCGGCCGCUCACGGUCGGAGAGGUUGCAACACUCGAGGCUUUCGUCAAACGCAGAGUGGGAGCAUUGCAAGACCUCUACGCGGCAGGGUGCUUCUUGUUCUUGAUCUUUUCGAGGGCGAGGUUCGGCGAUUGCAAAAUCAUCAGUGAUGCAGUCUUUGACAUCGUCACGAAGAGUGGCGAGCUUGUCGGGUACAUCGAGGUCAUCUCUUGGUCGCACAAGAUGCGGCGCCAUUUUCCUUCAAUCCCUUUGGUUGCCCCGGUUCAGGGUGCCACCAUAGGAAGUUGGGUCGAGUCGUGGCGGUCCAUCGCCACUGAUGUGGGCAACUUGCUUAUCAUGGAAGAUACGAGGACUCGCUUGGGCAAUCACAAUGAUCGUGGAUCUGCAGAGUGUUACGGGAGAGACACACUUGCCGCACCGUUGAGAGAUCUGGAGGCGUGCAUUUUGGCGAUUCGCACCGGAUCCUUCUUGCCAGACGUUUCUCGAAGUGGUUAUUUCCCUGAUAUGCCUGACAAGUCACCGUCUUGUGAAGGAUCAACCGAGCCGCAGGGUGGCAUUGGCUCCAGUGAUGUUGAAGCGAACAAGAGCUUUGACCUGGCUGAGCUCUCUUUCGGGGCACCGGCCGACCAAAGCGACUUAGACAAUGAUGCCAAUGCCUCUGAGGGCUUCGAGCCUGAUGCCAUUGAGCACCCGGCCCCGAGCCCGAGCUUCCAUGGAAGCAAUCCUGCUCAGGAUGUCGCACUCGACGAGUCGUCAUCCAGUUCGACGAGCUCUUCAUCGACGGACACGGAGGUGGAGUCGGAACCUGGCCCACACCUUGCCGCUCUUGAACGGCCAGUUUGGCGAGACGCUUGCCAGGUUUGGCAGCACAGGCAAAGCAGAACCGUGCAUCUGCUCCCAGAGGCCGAUGCAGAGUCAGGGUCCUUCGUGUGCGGGAGGGUCAAGUCGCAAGCCUACUUCCGAGCCACUGGGCAUCCGAUUGUCGAUUCUCUGAAGUGUGUGCAGUGCGAUCGUGGUAAAACCAUCAGAAGCACGGCACAACUUGUGCAUGUUCUUGACAAGAGGCGGCGCACUGGUUAG